AUGACCGAGGGCAGGCACUGCCAGGUUCAGCUCCUCGAUGACAGGACGUUGGAACUGCUGGUCCAGCCCAAGCUUUUGUCUCGAGAGUUACUGGAUCUGGUGGCCUCACAUUUUAACCUGAAAGAAAAGGAGUAUUUUGGAAUAACAUUUAUAGAUGACACAGGUCAGAGUGUCUGGCUGCAGCUGGACCACAGAGUCUUGGAUCAUGACUUGCCCAAGAAACCAGGUCCGGCUACUUUGUUCUUUGCAGUUAGGUUCUACAUUGAAAGCAUUUCCUUUCUCAAGGACAAAACAACGGUAGAGCUGUUCUUUCUGAAUGCAAAGUCUUGUGUGCACAAGCGUUUACUGGGGAAGAUGAUUAUUUUGCCAGACAAGGGGAAUCCCUUGGCAGAAACGGACGUGUUAACCCCCAUGCCAGCCGUGCUAGGGAACGAGCGGCUUCCGAGCCGAUCCUUGUCCGAUACCGGAGCGCCUGCUCGCUGGCUCCUCGCCCAAAGGCUAGGCCAGGCCCUGGCCAGGGGCUGCCCUCAGGAGCCCAGGCUGCUUGGGGCAUCUUUCCACGUGGAUCGGACCAAACGCCAGGCGUGGCCGUGUCUGGGAUGUGGGCAGGCCGCAAACACCCCUUCGGAACAGCUCUCCCGGUUGCUCCUGUUCACCCCUUUGAAUCACAUCCUGCCGUGGCCUCCGAAGGCACCAGCGGGGCCCAGGCCAUGCGAACGGAACCACCUCACGCGUCAGGGCAGCUCUGCACACUGCUGCCUUAAACACUUGGGCACUGGCUCACGGACCAUUAACCCCGUCUGCAUCAAACCCAGCCACGGGCUUCACAACAGUAACUGUGUCAUCUUCGGUUUUAGUGAUGAAAACACUCGCAAAGACUUGAAGACGCUUCCUGUCUUUCCCACGAAGACACUGCAGGAGCACCCAUCGCUUGCGUACUGUGAGGAUAGAGUAAUUGAACACUAUACACAAAUUAAAGGCCUGACCAGAGGACAAGCCAUUGUUCAGUAUAUGAAAGUGGUAGAAGCUUUGCCAACAUAUGGAGUCCAUUACUAUGGAGUAAAGGAUAAACAAGGAAUCCCUUGGUGGCUUGGGAUAAGCUAUAAAGGAAUAGGCCAGUACGACUUGCAAGACAAGGUCAAGCCCAGAAAACUAUUCCAAUGGAAGCAAUUGGAAAAUCUCUAUUUCCGUGAAAAGAAAUUUGCUGUGGAAGUGCACGAUCCCCGCAGAAUUUCAGUGUCAAGAAGGACCUUUGGACAGAGCGGACUGGUAGUGCAAACCUGGUACGCAAACACUUCCCUGAUCAAAUCCAUCUGGGUAAUGGCAAUCAGUCAACACCAGUUUUACUUGGACAGAAAACAAAGCAAAGCAAAAAUUCCUUCAGCCAGAAGUCUGGAUGAUAUCGCCAUGGAUCUGACAGAGAUGGGAACACCAAAAGUUUCAAAACUAGUAACUAUGGAGGCCAAAAACCAGCUUAUUAUGGCCAGCAACGGCAGUUUAAUCUCAUCAGGUUCUCAGGAUUCAGAGGUCAGUGAAGAACAAAAGAAGGAGAAAAUUAUGGAACUAAAGAAGAAAGAAAAACUCCUUCAAGAAAAGCUGCUUGAGAAAGUUGAGGAGCUGAAGAAAAUUUGCCUGCGAGAGGCGGAGCUGACAGGCAAGAUGCCAAAGGAGUAUCCUCUGAGUGCUGGAGAGGAGCCUCCCCAGGUCAGGAGACGUAUGGGCACCGCAUUCAAACUGGAUGACAACCUGCUCCCUAGCGAAGAGGAUCCCGCUCUGCAGGAAUUGGAGAGCAAUUUCAUCAUACAGCAAAAGUUGGUGGAAGCUGCAAAGAAACUUGCCAGUGAGCCAGACUUGUGCAAAAACGUAAAGAAGAAAAGAAAGCAAGAAUAUGCUGAUGCUGUAAAAAAGCUCCAAGAGAUAGAAAAUUCCAUAAAUGAAUAUAGAAUCAAGUGUGGCAAGAAACCAACCCAGAAAUCAACUUUUACUCUGCCAGAUGAUAUAAUUCCAUCUGAAAGCAGCUCCCUGUCUGAUACAACAACCUACGAUGAGGGCAGUGAAUCUCUUUCUGUGCCAGCACAAAGAAGCAGCUCUGCACAGCUCUCCCCAAGGCUCCCUCCACCCAAGUCCCUCGGGGUGGAGAGAAUUCAUCUCAGAAAAUCAUCCAUAAAUGAGCAGCUCUUCGAAACCAGACACACCAGGGACCCGCUCUCGACUCACAGCAGCCCCUACCGCGCGCUGGAGCGGCCGCCGCAGGCGCCCGGCGGCAGGAGCAUGCCCAGCACCCCCGUGCUCACCCGCAACGCCUACAGCAGCAGCCACCUGCAGCCAGACGCCUCCCCCCACCAUUGCAGGCAGCGCAGUGGAAGUCUGGAGUCCCAAACCCACCUGCUGUCCGAGCCCCCUGGCGAAAAACCAGCCUUCUCCCUCUCAAAAUCGCAGCGAAGCAGCAGCACGGAAAUCCUGGAUGAUGGGUCAUCCUACACUAGCCAGUCCAGCACAGAAUAUUACUGCGUGACACCUACUCCCAGCACGUACUACACUACACAGACACUUGACAACAGGACCAGGGGUCGAAGGCGGUCCAAGAAACAAAAUAUUUCUGCUGCAAGUUCAGGAAGUAUGCCAAAUCUUGCCCAGAAGGAUGUCCGGAAUGGUGUCUACCACAAAAGUCAGGAACAGCCUUCCUCCAGCUACUAUAUUUCUGGAUAUUGCCCUUACACUGAACCUGAUGUUUAUUACAACGGAGGGUAUGUUUACGAGAGCGAUACCGAGGGACAGUACAGUGUCAAUCCUUCCUAUCGCUCGUCGGCACAUUAUGGAUAUGACCGUUACAGGGAAUUCAGGUCUUACCACGAGGACGAGGUGGACCGAGUACCGCACAACCCGUAUGCAACCCUACGGCUUCCGAGGAAGCAAGUUGCUAAAACAGAGCAUAUAACCAAAAACAUUCACAAGGCCUUAGUUGCAGAGCAUCUCCGCGGUUGGUACCAACGUGCCUCCAGUCAAAAGGAACAGGGUCACGGCCUGCAGGCAGGCUUUGAGUCUGACAGAGGGUCCCAGAGGAGUUUGGGCUUUGCUGCUCUGCAAGUUCCCUGCUCUCCUAGCAGUCGGGUUUCUUCUUUUUCCUCAGCAUCUUCUGCAAACACUGCAGGGAAUUGGCGGAACCCGCUCGCGCUGGGGCUCUCCGACUACGACACGUUGUCUCAUUCCUCCUACGCCAGCUGUUAUGGGAACGUUUACAGCAGCCUUCCUUUGCAGAGCAGGUGAGUGGAGUCUUGUGCCGAGCCGGGUGGCGACGCAGAGAGCCGCCCGGGAGACGACCUGCACAGCAACGAGCAGAGGUUGUUUUGGCACGAGGAUUCAAAGCCUGGGACUCUCGUGUAGACCGCUCGCAGCCCUGCGUUCGUACCCUUGCGUGCCUUGCACAAAAUGCUGCUCCUCGAAGAGGAUCUCGGGUGGAGCUUCCA